AUGCCGGUGGAACACCCUGAACCCUUUAACCUUUUCCCGCAGGCUGGCUUCGCGAUGCUGGAGGUCGGGUCGGUCAGCAUCAAGAACACCAAGAACAUCCUCAUCAAGAAUAUCGGAGACUCGGCGAUGGGGGCGAUCGGGUGGUGGCUGUUUGGUAACGGGCUAGCCUUCGGGCGGGACAGCGGAGGCUUUGUUGGGGUCACCGGCUUCGCCCUGAAGGGCGAGGACCUGUACGGCACGAGCACCGGGGACUUCGAUGCCUUGUCGUACGCGAACUGGCUCUUCCAGUGGACCUUCGCCGCCUCUGCGACGACGAUCGAUCCCAUCGUGGCUCACUGGGCCUGGUCCGACGGGGGCUGGGCCAGCGCCCGGCGUGCAGACGACGACGACCUCCUCUUCGGUUGCGGUGUGACAGACUUCGCCGGCUCCGGCGUCGUACAUGUGACGGGAGGGAUGGCAGCCCUCAUGGGGAUUUUCAUCCUCGGCCCUCGCGCUGGCAGGUUCAAUGAGGACGGCACCAGCAACACCAUGCCCCAACAGUCCGCAGUGCUCCAGACGUUAGGGACGUUCAUGCUCUGGUGGGGGUGGCUCGGAUUUAACGCGGGGUCGGUGUUCUCUUUCGUGGCCACACCGGCCGUGGCUGCCAAGGUGAUGGGGGUCACGGUCAUCGGCGGUGCCUCCGGCGGCAUCACCUCCCUCCUCGUCAACAAGCUGCAGUGCGGGUACUGGGACACCGGGAGCGCCUUGAACGGCAUCCUCACCGGUCUCGUGUCCAUCACCGCCGGCUCGGGGACCUACGAGCCCGAGGGCGCCUUCGUCGUGGGCGCCCUGGGCGGUGUGCUGUACUUCUUCGCGUCCAACUUGCUGCUCAGGAACCACUUGGACGACGUCGUAAACGCCGCCCCCGUGCACCUCUUCGGAGGCAUGUGGGGCCUCGUUUCGGCGGGUCUUUUCUCGUCCAAGUUCGCCUACGCGAUGGCCUACUCCGAGGAUAGGUCGGACAAGUGCGCCGGCAUUCUGUACGGAGGCAGCGGCAGCUCUCUCGCGGCGAACAUCAUCUUCUUGAUGGCGGUGGUGGCCUGGGUGGGCUUUCUGACCCUCUUGCUCUUCGUGGUGACGAAGUUGACUAUAGGAAGCGCAUCCGUGUGACCAAGCAGGAGGAGCUGGCCGGCAUGGACGACUCCAAGCACGGCGGACAAACGUUCCCCGAACUCCUACCCCGUCGGCGUAACAUGGACAGGCCCGGCUCGUCGUUUGGGUGAGUUAACUCGAUCAGGGCAGGCGCAAGCGCAAAUAUCUAGACAGAGACAUGGCAAGCAAUCCAAAUGGGCCGGGAAAACGGUGAAACCCCGUUGGACUCCUUUCGUCUCUGCUUGUCGGGGCUCCAGACAACCUACCGGAAACGUUCCGGACGUUUUACGCGGUAUUGCCGACGCCGCGACGUUUUGGUUAUCUUCUCUUGUACUUGCUCUAGCGGCGGAAGGUGUUGCUGUCGCUCUGGCUGUGUAUGCUAUUCUCGAAGUUGAUAUUGUAUAGGGAAAGUUGUCGUUGUCGCUCAUUUUUGUCGUUCGUGUGCUGGGGGUGCAUCUUCGCGACUUGUUUUCAACUGCUUUCAUUGGUGUAUGCCCAUGAGAACGUGCGACGUCGUGAGGGUAGAGGUCGUGUGCUCUUUCGGGAUGUAUCUUGGGUAUGAAAUGUGAAACCUUGGUCGAUGGAUAUGCUAACUCCGACACACUCUGAUUGGGUUCAUGCAACCGCGUUGAACAGUUCCUGUAGUGUUCGGUUUGGGCUGGAAAAUGUGUCCUAAUUACAUUUUGUUUGUUCGUCGGGUAAGAACAACAAAAUGUGUUUGCAUGUGGUGCGUGCCCUUGUCCAUCUCAAGUCUGUUCGUGUGGUACCGUUCUCAGGCAGGAAGAACCCCAGCUGACGAGCUUGGUACUCACACACACACACACACACACACACACACACGUCGUUGCAUUGGUCAGCUGGUUACGGCGGUCGAUGCUACUAAAAAAGACACACACGGACAAACACGAUUGGCGUCUCUCGUUGGUGAACUCGUUGGAACGAUCGAUGUGAUGUUUGUAAACUGGUGGAGAAUAUCGGGGGUGAGAGGAGUAGUAUCUCGGUAAACAUGGGGCGUCAGUAGACAUCACGUGUUGUCGCUGUUGCUCUACAAGGAACAGCGCCACUUGUUAUUGUUCCUUGGCGGAGGGGUGUGCACAGAUAUAGUCUGUAGAGCUCUUUGGUUGUAGCAUCUUUCGCCUGAAGUGGUUCGUAAGUUUCAAUUGGUACCGCACUUGUGUUCGUUGUUUCUACCCCCUCCGGAUUGCCAAUUGUUUGUACGAGUUCAAGUGCAAGAGCCGUUGUCUUUCUCUCAUAUGAGACUGCUCGUAUUGUCCUUGUCAUUCUGCAAGGAACAGCACCAUCUGUUUCUGCUUUAGUAUUAUGAUGGUUCGCGAGGGCUGUGCGCGUGUAGUCUAGAGAGCUGUAUGGUUGAAGCACUUGUCGCCGAAAGUCGACUUGUGACGGUUUUCUACGUGUGCUCAUUAUUUCCCAACCGGGUUGCCGGUUUCACACGUUGUAGUUGAGGUGUAGGAGGGAUAGGAAUACCUCGCGCGAUUAUCUUUCUCUUGGUAAGCGGACGCUUUUUCCCGCAAACGAUGAGCGCUAGCUAUGUACCUUUUCUGUGUUUAUGUACUAUCGUGUACGUGAGUGUUUGGUCUGCCGGUCGUAGGUUGUACUCGUUGAUGACGCGGUUUACACGCGCCCGACCAUUCGUUCAGUAGGUCGAAGCAGAAUCAGCCGAGGGAGAAACGCGUCUUGCGUUGCGUGUGUCUGGUUUGGAGUGAUGUCAGAGGAUGAGAGGAUCUGGUGCCAUUAUUGCUCGUGAGAGAGAACAAACCCAAUAAACGUAGAAGCGUUGCACGCAGUAGUAUUUUGAUUGCUUUGAGGGUUAUGGUUGCGUCGUGGCGAGCUUGAGAGUCAGUCCUGCGGGCGGCGCCAAAGAGCAUCAAGCACCAUGGAUGCCGACGACAGUAGAUAGCAGCAUAUAUUUUGACAACCUUCGACGUUGUUUGCAGCGGGUCCGUGGGUCACGCAAGUCCUCAGCGCAUUGCACUUGUAAAUUCCGCCGAUGCUUUUGGCGGACACGAAGAAAGUUCUACUGGCGGUGUUGGCUGCUCAAAACUGGCGCGUGCUUCUGCCAGGUAACUUCCGCUUCCACCUUAGGACAAGUAACACUGUGUUCUUUCUCGUGUUGUGUGCCGUAGUAGCAUGACGCCUGUGUGUAGAAGGCACGCUCGAUCGAAUGGUUAAGGGGAGGGGUUAGGCACGAUAUAUAGGGUGGGAGUAUCAAACUCAAGUCGUAGUGUGAUUACGUGCGUGUGUUGACGACCCGUAUCUAUAAGUACCAUUGCGAAAAAAAAACAGUUUUGACGACGAAUCGUACCACCAAAACAGCAGUGUCUUCUAUCGUAUUUUUGUGAUACCGGCGCCUCCAAGGUAAAACUGGACAAAAUGGGCAAAAUGGUGCCGGGGGGUGGGGACAACAACAUAUUGGAGAAGCACUUAUCGCUGAUCUGCCGGGAUAGACCAGGCGAAGAACACAGCAGCGUUGCCAUGUUUUGAAGUAGUCCUGGGGCUUGUCGGUGUUGGGGCGGGACUUUUUUUUUGGCUGGUGAGGUGCGAGUCUGUUAUUGUAGCGCAGUUUGAACGAAUACUGGGCGUGAUCUUUCGAGACGGGACCAGGUGAGGGAAUCAACACGCUAGUUCUUACUUCCCCACCGCGUCGUCUCCUGGUACACGCCAAGUCGACAGCAAGCCCGCCCAAUGCAAUUGUAAGAUUUUCAGGGCAUGAGCCGGGGGUGUCAUUUUCAUGAUCAUCAUGUAUCCUCGCACCCCCCCCACCGGUCGCCCCGGUGGU